ACUGAAUUCAACCCUCCAUCAUCCUCACCACCACCUUUAUAAACGCCGCUCCCCCAUUGGCCCUCUCCUUCCUUCUUCAUCCACCACCCGGAACGGAACCCUCCUCGCUCCAUCUCAUUCUCCUCUCCCCCGACGUACGCUGCACACCACACCACACACAAACACGUUGCAAGUCGAUCGUAGCACCAGCAGCGCGCGGCGGCAAUGGAGGAGAGGAUCCACCACCGGCGCCAGGAACCACGAACCACCGCCGACCCCGCGCUCUCCUCGGGGGACGACGAGUCGACGGACGGGGAGUUCGAGUUCCCCUGCUUCCUCGGCGCCAACCACGGCUCCCCCGCGCUGGCCGACGACCUCUUCGCCGACGGCCGCAUCAGGCCCGCCACUUUCUACCCGGUCUUCGGCCGCCGCUCGUCGGUAACCCACGGCCUCGCCCCGGCGCCGGCGCCGGCGACAGAGCGGAGGACGAGGGGGCAGCUGGGCCGGCUCUUCCUCGAGGAGUCCCGCGCGUGGAACAGCAGCUCGUCCUCGUCGAGCGCCGGGUCGUCCGCGUCCACGUCGUCCUCCGCGGCGACCGACGACCUGGAGGGUGCGGCGCCGGAGAGCUACUGCGUGUGGGCGCCCGGCGCCUCGGCGGCGUCCUCGCCGCGGCCUAGGAAGAGCGGCUCCACGGGGUCCAUGGCGCGCUGGCGCCGCAUCAGCGACCUCGUCGUCGGCCGCAGCCACAGCGACGGCAAGGAGAAGUUCCUCUUCCUCCCGGCCAACCCGCCCACGCCGCCGAUCAAGAACCCCGCCACGAAGCCGAGCGCCAAGAAGAAGACCGAGAUCGGCACGGUGGCCGCCGCCCAACGGAUGUCGGCCCAGUACGGCGCCGCCAAGGCGGUCGGCGCGGCCACUCCGCGGCGCACCUUCCUGCCGUACCGCGAGGAGCUCGUUGGCUUCUUUGCCAACGUCCACGGCAUCAGCCGGAGCCACCCGCACCCCUACUGACCGACGACCCACGAGGCCACGGCAACGACGCCGACGCCGGUCCAUCGGACAGUAAAAUCCACGAUAUGAUUCGAAUUACAUUCGUGUGUUCAGGCUUGGAUUUUUCCUCGAUGAUCAGUCGUUAGGUAUAGUAUGUGACACUGAAAAUUGCCAAGAGUCGUUGGAGCGUGAACAGUGUGGAACGUGGGCUGGAGCGCACCGGCCGGUGUGUGGACGUCGUCGUCGCGCGGUCGCACCGGCGAAGUGUGAACGCCGACUUGCGGUGGCGAGUGACAACACCUCAUCUCUUCCUUCUUCUUCUCUACUCCAAGGAAUUUUCCUGUCCUGCUUCUGAGUUUGUACAUUCCCAACAGUGGCCAUUAAUCUUUGAGCACGACAUCUCCGUUUCCAAAAA